AUGGGUAGUCCAGAAAGACAUUUAUCCUACGGUGAUUACACAGACUUCAGUCAAGGUCACACAGGACUGUGGGACAUGGAGGAUGCCAAGCCAUCACGUGGCCUUCCCAGCAUGCCUCUGCAGGGUGUCUAUCUGUCCCGCUUUGACAUGCUACUCUCUGAUGAUACUGCGUGGCUUCUUAGGAAGGCUGACAUGGCCACACCCCUCACCCGAGACGUAGAACAAAUCCGCUGCAAGGAAGUGGGACAGUGCCCGGGGAUUGACAGCCCAGGGCUAGGGCUGGAGUUGUGUCCACCUGUGAUGGAUGGACAGGUGGAAAUAGAGGAGAGGUGUUUGGAACAGGUGCAGAGUCUUGUAGUUGGGGAAGUGUUGAAGGACAUCGAAACAGCAUGCAAACUGCUCAAUAUCCCACCAGACCCAAUGGAAUGGAACCCAGGGAAUGUGCAGAAGUGGGUUCUAUGGACUGAACACAUGUACAGGCUCCCCCAGGUUGGGAGAGACUUUCAGGAGCUUAGUGGGCGAGACCUGUGUAUGAUGAGCGAGGAAGACUUCAGACAGAGAUCUUCACAGUGUGGAGAUGUGCUCUAUGCUCACCUGGACAUCUGGAAGACAGCUGCUUGGAUGAAGGAAAGGUGCUGCCCUGAAGACAGCAGUGUCAAUGGAACAGAGGAGCUAUGUUCGGAGGUAGAUUCCUGCUGUACUGGGCAGCCAAUCCAUCUUUGGCAGUUUCUCCGAGAACUACUGCUUAAACCUCACAACUAUGGUCGCUCCAUUCGCUGGCUUAACAAGGAGAAAGGUAUCUUCAAAAUUGAGGACUCAGCACAUGUGGCAAAACUCUGGGGCAUCAGGAAGAACCGCCCUGCCAUGAACUAUGAUAAACUUAGCCGGUCCAUUCGCCAGUACUACAAGAAGGGCAUCAUUCGUAAACCAGAGGUAUCCCAGAGACUGGUCUACCAGUUUGUCCAUCCUGUAUGA